GAAAGAGCCGCGAGGAGCCGACCGCGCCGCCUCCCGAGCCGCGCCUGCCGAGGCCCAGGGAGGAGGGAGGAGGCGGGCGGGGAGGGCGCUGCACCCCGCUCGGCGUCCGUGGCUCCGGCAGGGCUGCGCCCCGCGCCGUCUUCGCCGCAAUGAAGCGCCCCUGCGAGGAGACGACCUCCGAAAGCGACAUGGACGAGACCAUCGACGUGGGGAGCGAGAACAAUUACUCCGGGCAAAGUACUAGCUCUGUGAUUAGAUCCAACUCUCCAACAACAACGUCUCAGAUUAUGGCCAGGAAGAAAAGGAGAGGGAUUAUAGAGAAAAGGCGACGAGAUCGGAUAAAUAACAGUUUAUCUGAGUUGAGACGACUGGUGCCAACUGCUUUUGAAAAACAAGGAUCUGCAAAGUUAGAAAAAGCUGAAAUAUUGCAAAUGACAGUGGAUCAUUUGAAGAUGCUUCAGGCAACAGGGGGUAAAGGCUACUUUGAUGCGCACGCUCUCGCCAUGGACUUCAUGAGCAUCGGAUUCCGAGAGUGCUUAACAGAAGUGGCAAGGUACCUGAGCUCCGUGGAGGGCCUGGACUCCUCGGACCCGCUGCGUGUGCGGCUGGUCUCUCAUCUCAGCACGUGCGCCUCCCAGCGGGAGGCGGCGGCAAUGACGUCGUCGUUGGCCCACCACCACCACCACGCCCUGCACCCACACCACUGGGCGGCGGCCUUCCACCAUCUGCCCGCGGCGCUGCUGCAACCCAAUGGACUCCACGCCUCCGAGGCAACCCCUUGCCGCCUCUCCACAACUUCAGAAGUGCCUCCUGCCCACGGCUCUGCUCUCCUCACGGCCACCUUUGCUCAUGCAGAUUCUGCCCUUCGGAUGCCGUCCACCGGCAGCGUGGCCCCUUGCGUGCCACCUCUGUCCACUUCUCUCUUGUCCCUCUCGGCCACUGUCCAUGCCGCAGCCGCAGCAGCCACCGCAGCAGCACACAGCUUCCCUCUGUCCUUCGCCGGGGCUUUCCCCAUGCUCCCCCCAAACGCAGCUGCGGCAGUGGCAGCCGCAACAGCCAUCAGCCCGCCCUUGUCGGUGUCAGCAGCGUCCAGUCCUCAGCAGACCAGCAGCACAACAAACAGUAAACCUUACCGACCCUGGGGGACAGAAGUUGGAGCUUUUUAAGUUUUCGUUGAAUUUCUUGCAGUCCUAACUGAAUGUCCUUCAUUUCAGAGUCUGCUUAAAACCUCUGCACCCUGAAAGUAGCCAUGCAAAUCCACAAAGGGACAAUAAAGCUAUUUGAGACACAAACCUCACGAGUGGAAAUGUGGUAUUAUCUUUUUGCAGUUUUUUUGUUUAAGGCAGCUUGGUGACUGACAUCAGCAACUUUUGAAAACUUCACACUUGCUUCCAUUUAGAAGUUUCCUGGAAAAUAUAUGGACUGUACCAUCCCGCAGUGCAUCAGUAUGUCUGAAUUGGGGAAGAAAAUACCCUGACUGAAUUCUCUUGAAGCUAGAUGGGGGUGGGGAAUGUGUUUCAUAAGUGCCUGAGCUAGCGAAGUUUUCUUCUGAAUAUAUAACAUUGCACACAUGAAGAAGAGUGUGGCCGUUAGGUUAAAGGAAAGGGACAGAAGUCUUGCAUUAUCAUUUUAAUCCAGUGCCAGAGAAGAGUACUAUGCUGAAAUCAACAGAUUUUAUUGGUCAAAAGGAUUGCUGAAAAUAAUUUUCAAGUUGAAAAACCGUUUUAUCUUAGUUUGCUUCUCUGUACAGACUUGCCAAGAGGUGACAUUUAGCAAUGCAUCCGUAUAAGCAAUUAUUCCAUCAGUGCCCAGAUUAACAAGCAUUUCUGCUCUGCCUGCAAGCCCCCAGACACUUUUUGUUUGGAUGGCUCAAAAUAUGGUGCUUCUUUAUAUAAACCUCACAGUUAUAAAGUGCACCUAGGAGCAGUUGCCUACUGUGUGCCCACCAGAGGCUAUUUGAUUCAUGCCAAGUUGAGAACUCUCCAGUUUGUAAGAGUUUGGAUUAAUUUAUUCAGUUUCAUUUGGACUAUUUUUAUAUGUUCUCUUCAUUUUCUCCUGAUAAUAUGUAACAUCCAUUCUUGUCACCUUUUGGGAGAACUUGCAUUUCUGGAGGUGAUGAGACAAGGAGGGAUCAUUGGGAAGAGAAAAGCCACAGGUUUUAAAUGCUCUUUGUCAAGUUUGUAAUUGCAUUUGAUCCCAAAUCAAGAUGAAUGUAUGCAGUGGGAUGUAUAUAAAUUAUUUUUGCCCAUGCCUAGGCUAGUGCUACAUAAUGGUGGUUUUGUUUUGUUUUGAUUUUGUUUAAUGACAAAAUAAUCUCUUAAUACAUUGAAAUUGAGCACGUGAGAUUUUAUGUUUGAAAGAGACACAGCAUGUAUUAUGCACUUCAUUUCUCUGCUGUGUGGAGAAAGCAAUAAAUAACAUAAGAAUGUUAAACAUUAUGCAAAAUUAUACUUUAAAAUAUUUGUUUUAAAAUUACUGUACCUAGUCUUUUUUGCAUUACUUUGUAACCUUUUUCUAUGCAAAAGUCUUUACAUAUCACUAAUUAAAUGAAGUCCUUUUUGACUCUU